GUCGUCUGGUUUGGUCUAGGGUGUUGUUUUUUGAAUUAAAUUUACAAAACCACCUCAAACUCAACAUAAAGUGCAAACAUAAUAAAUCAUUAUAGGCAUAAUAUGCCAUAAUAAAGCGAUCAUCUUACCAGAUUAAACUGGAUGAUAAAUGCAAAAUAAUAAUAAAUUGUAGGUUAUGUUAAUCAAGUCAGUCGCAAAUCCUAAUUUUUUUAAAGAUAAACAAUAACAAUGUCGACAAACACUUGGAAUAACGAGUACCACAUUGCCCUUGAAGGAAAAGACCUACAAGCCAAUGCAAUGGCUGUAGACUGCACUGGAACCUAUGUAGUUUUAGCUGGCCGAAGAUAUGUAGCUAUUGCAAACCUCGAAGAAGAAGACUCUUUAAAAAAGUUUCCUAGACAAAGUAAAUAUGACGUUGGAACUGCAGAAUGGAACCCUACUUUACAUAAUAAAGAAUUAUGUGUUAUUUCUAGUAACCAAAGGCUGGAAGUUCUUACAUGGCGCAAUGAAGAAUUAACGCAAACGCAUUCCUUGAGAGCUCACACCAGAGUUAUAACUGACUUAAAUUGGCAUAGAUUCGAUCCUAAUUUAAUAGCAUCCUGUUCUGCUGACACAUUUAUUCAUAUUUGGGACAUAAGAGACCCUCGUAGACCAACCAUAUCACUUUCAGCUAUUGCAGAAGCAUCUCAAGUAAGCUGGAACAGAAUAUCCCCGAACAUACUGGCGACAGCGCACGACGGGGACAUAAAAAUCUGGGACCAACGCAAAGGCACUGCGCCGACGAAAUACAUAGCGGCCCACUUGUCGAAAAUCCACGGCUUGGAUUGGAGCCCCUGCUCGCAGAACCACCUGGCCACCUCGAGUCAAGACAACACCGUCAAGUUUUUCGACGUCGAGAGCCCGAGAAGGCCCGAGCACGUCUUGACGACGACGUCGCCCGUCUGGCGGGCGAGGUACACGCCGUUCGGUAACGGCAUGAUUACCGUGGUGGUGCCGCAGUUGAGGAGGGGGGAGAACAGCUUGUUGCUGUGGAACACCGCUAAUAGGUCAACUCCCAUGCAUACUUUUAUCGGUCAUCGCGACGUAGUGUUGGAAUUCGAAUGGCGCAGUCAGAAACCGGGCGACACAAAUUAUCAACUGAUCACGUGGUCGAAAGACCAAACCCUGUUGGUGUGGAAGAUCGAACCGUUCCUGCAAAAACUGUGCGGCCACGAGCCGGAAGAAUCCAAAGACCCGAACGACCCCGUCUACUCGGAAAUAAUCGAAUCGGUCAAAAAGUCGAACAGCUUGACCAAAGUUCAGCCGCUGCUGCAGGAGUUUUCCCUGAUGAACGUGCACAUACCGAACUUGGAGGUGAUAAAUCUGGAUCCCACCGACAGGAGUUGCACCGUGAAGGCCACCAUAAACAAUUUCGUGGUCAAUUUGCAAGUUUUGUUUCCGCUCGCGUACCCGCACGGAGUUCCGCCCGUCUUCCAGCAAACGUCGAGCAACAUCAACGACAAGAUCACGUCCUCCCUGCUCCAGACUCUGAACCACCUGGCUCAGCAGAGGGUCUCGAAGAAUCGCACCUGCCUCGAACCGUGUCUCAGGCAGAUGGUGACCACGCUGGAGCAGCUGUCGAGGGACCAGGAGAACGACAAGGUGGUCAACACUCUGUACAUCGAGCAACCGGGCGUCUUCAGCGGUCUGAACGACGCCUACAUCCCGUUCCCGAAGACUUCGGGAGCGAAAUUUUGCUCGGUUGGUAUGCUUGUAUGUUUCGGCAGGCCCGUGCACAGGAGACUAUCCAACAAAAUUGAUUCCACUACUCCCAGGGCCCUCUCCGCUCUCGAGAACAUCAUCGCCAAACGCAACAACAGCAACUACAUGACCGUCUCGGCCUACUACUUCCAGAAGCAACGCCGGCCGGCGAAACAGGCGGCCGCCAAGCCGAAAGCGCUGGUGCUCGUGUACGACGCGCUGCGCCUGUUCUUCGUCGACCGGCAGCUGGCCGAGGAGUACAUCCUGGACGGCGACGUGGGCACCGUGUGCAAGCACAACGCGGCCGCCGCGGCCAGCGUGGGCCGCUGCGAUCUGGUGCAGGCGUGGACGCUGGCUGAGCUGGUUGCCGGGCCGCAGCAGGCCGAGGAGGAGAUGACGUGGGCCGCGCACCCGUUCGGCAGCAAGCUGAUGCAGUCGUUGAUAUCCCAUUAUGCUUCUCAAUCAGACGUCCAAAUGGCAGCAAUGCUGAGUUGCAUUUUCGGCAAAGAAAAUGACACGUCAUGUUCCAAAAAAACAUCGAUGAAAUCAUUGAAAUCACCAACUCAAUUUGCAUCUGGGAAAAGAUGGUUUAAGAACGGGGGAUCCCCUUACCACACCAUACCGCCGGCCGACGUGAUCGCCGAGGGUUGGGUGAUACCGACCUUAAAAACCACCCGAUCGACAUCACUUGACAACCUGCGACUCGAAGAGCCGGCCUUCGCGCCGCCCCCUAAAAACCCCUCGAGCUCGCUGUACGAAUACUACAAGCUGGCUUACGCGGAAACGCUCCACAGGUGGCGCUUGAUAUACAACAGGGCCGAGGUGAUCAAGUACAUGUGCGCCCCCGCGGACCCCCACAAAGGCGUUCAGUUCGUGACGGAGUGCCACGGCUGUCAGGCUCCGAUAAAUCAGUGUUGUUGCAACAAUUGCAAGAGGCUUUCCUUGCAAUGCUCCGUGUGCAGGAUUUCCGUGAGGGGGUCCGCGAAUUGCUGCAUCAUCUGUGGGCACGGAGGUCAUACUAAUCACCUGCAAGAAUGGUUUCAAACUCGGGAUACGUGCCCCACUGGGUGCGGGUGUCGGUGUUUGAUGGAAACAGCCGAGUUAUUCAACACUUAGCGUCAUACAAACUUGCAGAAUUGUGAUAACUAGAUUGUGAUAAGUUUUAAUUAAGUGUUAUUUAUUAAUCUGUUCUUAAAGAUUAUUUUACUGCCAUC